AUGGCGCCCGUUCCGCAGCAACCACCGGCCACUCAGACGCCACCGGCCGAGCCGUUAUCGGCGCCCUACACCUUUCCUCACCAUAAGCUGAAGCGCCGUGUCUCGAGCCUCGAUAGAGUCCCCGUGGUCCUCGUCGCCUGUGGCAGUUUCUCGCCCAUUACCGUCCUGCAUCUGCAAAUGUUUGAGAUGACGCAGCGCUAUGUCCAAGACACGGCCUUCCAAGUUGUUGGCAGCUACCUCAGUCCGGUCAGCGAUGCCUACAACAAACCCUCCCUGGCCCGCGCCCACCACCGCGUCGCCAUGUGCUCCCUGGCUGUCGAGGACGGCACCGGCAUCAUGGUCGACCCGUGGGAAACUCUGCGCUGCAACCAAGCCGGCGAGCCCGUCUACACGAGGACCGUCGACACCCUCCGCCACUUUGACCACGAGAUCAACGACGUCCUCGGCGGCAUCCAGGCCCUCGACGGCAGCCACAAGAGAGCGCGCAUCGUCCUGCUCAUCGGCGCCGACGUGGCCAUGACCAUGAGCGACCCCAACCUCUGGUCGCCCUCGGACCUCGACGUCAUCCUCGGCUGCUACGGCGCAUUCAUUGUCGAGAGGCCUACCCAGACCGACAUUCAAAAGGCUCUAGAACCCCUCAAGCAUUACGACAAGAUUUGGGUGGUAAGUUCCUUCUACAACGACGUCAGCUCUACCAAGAUCCGGGCCCAGCUACAGAACAGGGAAACCGUCAUGGACCUUCCCAAGCUGGUCUACGAGUACAUCAAGCUGCACGGCCUCUACCAGGGAAGCUCUCUGCAAGGCCAGCAAAAAGACGGCCGGUAG